CAUCGUAACUUGUUUCUAUGGCAACCCAUUUCCUAAUUUAACCAUAUAUGAACACCCCCCCCCCCCCCGGUUCUCCCUCCAUCUACCCCACACCCAAAAAAAUUCUCCAGCCUCAACAGAAGGUAGCCAUGGCAGUUUUCUUCAAUGCCCAUUUUUUAUUCAGUUUCUUGAUCAUAUCCUGCUUUUUUCCAAGACAAAUACAUGGGUCAAAGUCACUAUUCCAUCUACAAGAUGUUUUACCAGUGUUACCUGGACACGUGUCAUGGCCCCUAGUCAACUCCCUCUACAGUGCUGUUGACCUUUUACCCUCUUUUGUUGGGGCUGCAAAUAAUAAUAAUACACUUCAAUGGAAAGGUGCUUGCUUUUAUGAAAAUACUGCUUGGUUGGAACUUCAUCACAAUACUGCAAGUAGGUUUGGUGGUGGCACUCUUCAUAUCAAGGUCAGCAAUGCUCACAGUUACACAUGUAUGGACCUUUACAUCUUUGCAACCCCAUAUCGCGUGAAAUGGGAUUACUACGUUUUAUCUCGUGAACACACUCUUCAAAUCAGUGAGUGGGAGUCUCAAGCCGAGUUAGAAUAUGUGAAACGUAAUGGAGUCUCAAUUUUUCUUAUGCAAGCAGGAAUGUUGGGAACCCUUUCAGCACUAUGGGAUGUUUUCCCUUUGCUCACAAACACUGGAUGGGGUGAAAAUUCAAAUAUCGGAUUUCUGAAAAAACACAUGGGUGCUUCAUUUGACCAACGUCCUCAACCAUGGGUCAGCAACCUUACCACUGAAGACAUACAUUCUGGAGACUUUCUUGCAAUAUCAAAAAUUAGAGGUCGUUGGGGUGCUUUUGAGACGUUAGAAAAAUGGGUAUCUGGAGCUUAUGCUGGCCAUUCUGCUGUUUGCUUGAGGGAUGCUCAAGGAAAGUUGUGGGUUGGAGAAUCUGGACAUGAGAAUGAUAAGGGAGAAGAUAUAAUUGCUAUUUUGCCCUGGGAGGAAUGGUGGGAGUUUGAGCUGAAAAAAGAUGAUUCUAAUCCACAUAUUGCAUUGCUCCCUUUGCACCCUGAUCUCCGUGCCAAGUUUAAUGAGACUGCUGCUUGGGAAUAUGCACAAAGCAUGGCAGGCAAACCAUAUGGUUACCACAACUUAAUAUUUAGCUGGAUAGACACAAUUGACGGAAAUUAUCCCUCUCCCUUGGAUGCUCAUCUGGUUGCUUCUGUCAUGACUGUUUGGAAUCACUUACAGCCCGCAUAUGCAGCUAACAUGUGGAAUGAAGCCUUAAACAAGCGACUUGGAACUCAGGGCCUUGGUCUUCCUGAUGUUCUUGUCGAAGUUGAAAAGCGUGGGUCAUCUUUUGCCAAAUUGUUGACUAUCCCAGAACAGGAUGACUGGGUUUAUAGUGAUGGGAAAUCAACUUCUUGUGUUUCUUUCAUUCUUGAAAUGUAUAAAGAAGCAGGACUAUUUGGUCCACUUGCAAGUUCGAUUCAGGUUACAGAAUUCACGAUAAAAGAUGCUUACUCGCUUAAGUUUUUUGAAAACAAUACGAAUCGGUUGCCUAAGUGGUGCAAUGCGGAUGACACAGUGGAGCUUCCUUUCUGUCAAAUUAAAGGGAAGUACCGGAUGGAAUUGCCUGGAUACAAUACAAUGGAUAUUUACGCCCAUAUGAAUGAAAAGUGCCCAUCUAUGCCUCCACAAUAUUACAGGCCACAAAGUUGUUGACAUGGCCAGCUUUCUUGCUGUGGUUUAAGGUACAAGUACUUACAAGGAUGGUCUUCCAAUGCUAGAUUGGCGUGACAAGGACGUAGUUUGUAUUUUUUGAGUUAGCUUUAUAUUGAAAGAGCUUGGAAAUUUUUUUUCCUAGAAAACGUGUAUGUCAAAGCAGACUUAGAAUUAAAGUGUAAAUAUUAGUAGUAGUUUUGUUGAUUUGUUCUGUCUGCAAAACUUUGUAGAUCCUGAAACAAUCUUUUACUGUUGGUCAACAUCUGUAGUGUUGUAGCCUCUUUUCUGAUGUAAUUUGUAGAAUCUUUUGCUCGAGCAGUUAAUAUUACCAAAAAUCUGUUCUUUUC